AUGCGGAGCAUCAUCCGAACCAGAGCCCUCCGGGGCGAGCUCCGCGGCCUCCCGUGUUCAACCUCAGCCCGGCCCCACUCCGGCCUGAGCAUCCUUCGGACACGCACCACACAAGUUACACAACCACGUCCGAUUCCGUCUCAUUCUCACUUCUUCCACUCGAAAUCCCGGGACGCCUCCGAGGCUCUGGGCACGGCGGCCCGGCUCCCGGAUGCCGAGCCGGUGUCUCCCGUGAGGCCCCGGGAGCGCAUCACUAUCGCCGACAUCAAGGAAAGACGGGCCAAGGCCGGGCGGCUGAUUGCUCCAACAGCGUCAUACAGCGAUGCCGACAUGUUCAAGGCGCCUUCAAUAGGCAAGCCCAAAGCCAAACGAUGGGACCACCACCUCACGCAAGAAUCCAUUUCCCGCGAACCGUGCAAGCUGAAGCAGGCGGCAAAGCACCUCAAACAACCGGGCCUGAUCUCGCUGGGCGGCGGGCUGCCCUGCCCGGAAUACUUCCCCAUCUCGUCGAUCGACCUGCGCAUCCCGGUGCCGCCUCACUUCUCCGAGGCGGCCACCGCGUCGUCAGGGGAAGACGUGCACAUCGGGAAAUACGACGCCUCCUCCCUGCCCGGCUCGGCGCCCGAGUACGAUCUGUCGAUCGCGCUCAACUACGGCCAGGCCAACGGCUCCGCGCAGAUGACCCGCUUCGUGACGGAGCACACCGAGCUGGUCGGCGCCCCGCCCUACGCCGACUGGCGCACCUGCCUGACCGUCGGCAGCACCGGCGCGCUGGAGCAGGCGCUGCGCAUGCUGUGCGACGGGCGGCGCGGGCGGCGGGAUUCGCUGCUGACGGAGGAGUUUUCGUUCUCGACUGCGCUGGAGACGGCGGCGCCGCUCGGGGUGAAGGUGGUGGGCGUCAAGAUGGACGGGGAAGGGUUGUUGCCCGAGAGUAUGGAUGAGAUUCUGCACGGGUGGGAUCUGGAGGAGCGCGGCGGCGCGAGGAAGCCGCAUGUUCUGUACACGGUCCCCUCGGGCCAGAACCCGACGGGCGCGACGCAGGGGGAGCAGAGGCGGCGGGCGAUCUACGAGGUGGCGAGGAAGCAUGACGUGUUCAUCGUCGAGGACGAGCCGUACUAUUACCUGCAGAUGCAAGAGCCCGGCACGCCGCCGCCGGCGAGCGUGGACGAGUUCCUCGGCGGGCUGAUCCCGACCUACCUGAGCAUGGAUGUGGAUGGGCGGGUGCUGAGGAUGGAUUCCUUCUCGAAAGUGGUCAUGCCCGGGUCGAGGCUGGGCUGGAUUACCGCGUCGGAGCAGAUUGUCGAGCGGUUCAUCCGCCACGCCGAGGUUGCGAACCAGGGCCCCAGCGGGUUCUCGCAGGUGAUUCUGCACAAGCUGCUGGACGAGCGCUGGGGCCACGAGGGGUACUUGAGGUGGUUGAUGAAUCUGCGCAUGGAAUAUACCAAGAGGAGGGAUGUCAUGGUUGCCGCGUGUCACGAGUUCCUGCCGAAGGAGGUGGUGAGCUGGAAUCCGCCGCAGGCGGGCAUGUUUCACUGGCUGAAGGUCGAUUAUCAAGCGCAUCCGCAUGCCUCGACCAAGAGCAUCCUCGAGAUCGAAGAGGAGAUCUUCAACAGCUGCAUAUCCAAGGGCGUCCUCGUCGCCCGCGGGUCCUGGUUCCGCGCCGAGCAGGACACUCCUCCGUCGGGGCUGUACUUCCGUGCCACGUUUGCCGCCGCUACGCCGGGGAAUAUGAGGGAGGCCAUCAGGCGGCUUGGCGAGGCCAUCAGGGAGAGUUACAAGAUAUGA